CGCAGCGAGUGGGAGUGCGUGCGUACCAGGAAAGGGGAGGGGGAGUAAGGAAAUAGUCCUUAACUCGGUUCGUGUUGGGAGUUAAGGAGUGGACAGAAAGGGCGAGGGGCGGCAGGGAAGGCGGGGCUGCCAUGGCGCGGAAUGCGGGCGGGGUGUGUCCGUAUUUCUUGCGAGGCAACUGCCGCUUCGGAGAGCGGUGCUGGAACGAGCACCCGCGGUACGGAAGGCCCAACCAGGGCUUGCCUCAGAACCAAGACUCCAAUAGAAUAGGAGGAUGGAGUGGCCACAAUCAGAGAUACAGUAAUGUCAUCCAGACAUCUAGUUUUUCUAAAUCGUCUAAUUGGAAUGGCAACAGAGAAGGCGGACCUUCAAGUUUUUCUCAAAACAGGUUUGCUGCUCUAGGUGCCAAUGACAAUGUUGAUACCAAUGGCAUUAAGGAUGAGGAAGAGAAACUCUUAGAAAUAAUCGUGAAAGACAUGGAGAUAUGGGAAUCCUCAGGACAAUGGAUGUUUUCCACAUAUUCCCCAAUGAAAGAAAAGCCUAAUAUUUCAGGUUUUCAAGACUUUUUACCAGAAGAGUUACGUCUUGAGUAUUAUAACUGCCAAGCAAACAAUGCUAUUCAGAAUUAUAUCAAUUCAAUCCAGCAAUUAGUAACCCAGUGGAGAAGUAGAUUGCAUGAGUUGAAGAAUAUAAAUGGGUCUAAUAAAACCAGACUGAUUGCAGAAUUGAAGAAUGUAACUGCUCACCCACAGCCUGCAUUUGGGUUUGGAGUACAGCAGCCACCAGCUUUUGGAACAUCCACCUUCCCUGUGAAUAAUCAGAGCAGUGCUCAAGCCUUCUCUUUUAAAUCACGUCCUGAACCAAGUAAUGUCCCUGCACCUGCCUUUGGGAACCUUGCUAGUGUUCAAGGGGCCACCGUACCUCCUCCUGCAUCCCAUUCUGUUGGCUUCGGGAACCCAGCACCUUCAGCAACAGCUUCCUUUUCAUUUAAGACCACAGCAGCAUCUUAUAGUUUGGGAGCUCCUGGCUUUUCAAAUUUUGGGAAAUCUUUUCCUUCAAGUUCUUCAGACACAGCUCCUGCUUUGGGAUUUGGGACAGCAACUGCUCCUCCUGCUUUGGAUUCAGGGAACACGCCGUUUGGGCAGACACCAAGCGCCUUUGGCAGCCAGGCCGCAUCAGCAUCCCCAGCAAUCCCAACCACCGUUUCUUCAGGAAAGCAGUUCACACUAAAGAAUGAGCUCUCUGAGGAAGAACUGAAGCAAUUUGAAGCCAAAAAGUUCACUUUAGGAAACAUUCCUUUAAAGCCUCCACCGCUCGAACUUUUAAGUAUGCAGUUCACUGUGGCAACGUCUUCCUACAUUGUUUUUAAUCAGAUGCAGAAGCAGUGAACUGAGCAAAUAAGUACCAGCCUGCACUGCCUUCAGUUUGAAAGAAAACACUGCACGCAAGUCUGUACAACAAAUAUACACCUGUUCAUCUGCUAGAGAAGGGGAAAGAUGAAUCAAGAUUAUGUCUUCAUAUGUUUUUAUUCUUCAUGUUUAUUUCUUUUAUUGCUUCCUUGGAAAUCAUAGGAAAUGUAUGUCUCCCUAAUGUAGAUUGAAUUCAGAGAUAAUGUGGAAUUUAUCAACUACAUCACUAUCUUUGACUUCUAAGAGUUGGCUGUACUCUUAGGAAGUCUUGGUGUGUAAUUAUAUUGCACAGUUAGUGAAUUGUUUUCACAACUAACCAGCUUUUAGAGCAGGCAUGAGCAAACUUUGGCCCUCGGGGUGUUUUGGACUUCAACGCUUACAAUUCCUAACAGCCUACUGGCUGUUAGGAAUUGUAAGAGUUGAAGUCCAAAACACCUGGAGGGCCAAAAUUUGCCCAUGCCUGAUUUAGAAGCAAAACAUCUGGGCAGAGAAUUGUCCUAUUCCACUUUUUCAUAGGAGAUAAUUUUUUGUCUGCGGUAGAUCAUGCUGUAGUGCAAUGACCUAUAUAUGAAGAGUGGGUGCUUUCCCCCAACACAGUUUUUGUACUUUUAAUGAACUAGAAGACCUGUAGUCUUAAUUAAGAUCUUGCUAAUAGACUGAUAGUUCUAACUUUGAUCUGCCACAUGCACAACCUGUUCCCAUUGGAGUGGCCUAUAUUUUAAAAAGGUGAUUUCCAAAGCUUUGUUCAGUUUGAUGAAUCAAAAAAAAUCCCAGCCUUCCCCAAGUUACAUUGGAUAUAAUAAUCCUUAACACACACUUGGCUAUGGGUAUGUCUCUUGUGGCUUGGCUAAGCUUGUGGGUAGAGCUUUGGAAAACACUCUUAUGAGUGAGAACAAUGGGAGUAGUCUUUAAAGACAAAGGAAUUUAAGGUUUAGUGUGGAAAAACUUCAUAGAAGACUUUAUUGGUGCAUUAUGGUUGUAUUAAACAGAGGUUAACCAAAUGCUACUGGAUUGAUUAAAGCAAGGGUUGGGGGCUGUAUUAGUCCCCCCCGGUACCUUGGAGAAUUGCACAUAAUCCUACUGGCAAAAAUUAAAAUGUGUGGACAUGUUUUGUAGCCCCCCUUAGAUUACAUUAGAUGCAGGAAAAUAUUGAAAUACUCUUCUGGUUUAUUUUUAGUUUUGAAAGUGUUCUCCCCCCUGGUCUAAAAUGACCCAGGACACACACACAUGUUAUAAAAAUAUGCCUUAAGCUCCCAGAGCAUAUCUUAGACCAGAAAUGUUUUUGAAAGAGAAAUAUCUUUGGAUGCAUGGGAACAGAAUAAUAAACAAGGUGCUUGCCAGGGACAUGUGACCCGGGGCACACUUGGUUCAUCUUUAGGUUAAAGUGUCUUUCUAUAUUUGACAGACUACACUUGCACCUGAAAAAUUGAUUUAGGAAAACUGCCUUUGAAUUAAUUUAAGGAAAAUACUUCCAAAAUGACACAGAUUAGGAAUAUAUUUUCAUAUGUUAACAUAGAUUUUUCCAUAGCAACAAUGACUGGCAUUAAAAUAAUGAAUUAUGAAAAAAUUCUAGCCAGCUAAAUUGUUUGAGAACAGUACUUUGUUCUAGUACAGGAUAGGAAUGAUUUGGCCAUCCAAAAAGUCCAGCAUAAAGUUUGUUCAAUCAAAAGUGUCAAACUCCCUCUUGCUGUAUAUCAUUUUGGGAGAUCAAGAAGCAGUUGCUGCUAUUUUAAUCUGAGUUUAUAACAUUAUGCCAAUAUAGUAUGUAUUGUAAUUGAAAUAUUCUGAAAUAUUUAUGUUCUGACAGGGAAGAAAUCAAAAUGUGAUGUGGGAACAAGAAACAAAUGCAACCCAUUUAUUGGCCAAGUAGUUUGACAUUAAGUUCACCCUAGGUUAGCAUUUAAUAAAAUCUGUAGAACAGGAAGAAGUGAUGAUAGCAGCUAAGAGCAUUCUUGUGAUAUGUGAGUCAACGCUUCUGAAUGUGAAUUGGGCUGGAUUAAAUGUCUUAAACUCUUAGAUUUUAGGGAAUUAAUUGCUUUUGUAAAGCAAUUACAGGGCUCCACUCCCAAAUCCACCAGAUCACCCUAUUCUUUCAAAUGAAGAUACUGUGCUUUUUUGUGUUUUGAAAUACUUUUUGUGUUUUGAAAUACUUUUAAUUUAAUUGAUAUUUUAAAAUAUUGUUUUAAUAUUAAAACCUUUGGGUUUGUUUGUUUUAAUGUUUUAAUGUAUCACAUCUUUCUCCUAACAUAUGAUGUGUUUUAAUGUAUCACAUCUUUCUCCUAACAUAGGACCCAAAGAAGCUUAUGGGAUACUUCAAAACAAAUUACACUAAAACUAUCAUACAAAUGUUUUAAAGGCAUUUAAAUAAAAUUUCUGAGCAGUUUCUGAAGCCAGACCACA